CGUGCAACUUGCAGGGGGGAACCCGGGGACUACGCCGUCGGGGUCUGCCCUCUCAGGCCCUUUCGAGUCGGUGGGCGUGGGAAGCCAGGGCCCUGCACCCCUCUGCACACCUGGCCAGGGCAGGAGGCUCCCUGGAGGAGGAGCUCAGACCGUGGAGGAGGAGCCAGGGCAGCCCCUGGGAUCUGAGUUUCCGAAAUAAGAGGCAGAAUUUGGGAGGAGCCGGGGCAGCCGGGCGGGCGGAGAGCUGCGAAGCGGCCUCAUGGAAGACAAGCAGAUCUUGUGUGUGGGGCUCGUGGUGCUGGACAUCAUCAACGUGGUGGACAAGUACCCGGAGGAGGACGCGGACAGCAGGUGCUUGUCUCAGAGAUGGCAACGGGGAGGAAAUGCGUCCAACUCCUGCACCGUCCUCUCCCUGCUUGGAGCCCCCUGCGCCUUCAUGGGUUCACUGGCCCGGGGCCAUGUUGCAGAUUUUGUCCUGGAGGACCUCCGCCGCUAUUCAGUGGACCUGCGCUACACGGUCGUUCAGACCACAGGCUCAGUCCCCAUCUCCACCGUCAUCAUCAACAGGGCCAAUGGCAGCCGCACCAUCCUCCACGCCUACAGCUUCCUGGUGGCUGACUUCAGGCGGCGGGGCGUGGACGUGUCUCAGGUGGCCUGGCAGAGCAGUGGGGAGACCCCGUGCUCCUGCUGCAUCGUCAACAACUCCAAUGGCUCCCGCACCAUUGUGCUCUACGACACGAACCUGCCAGAUGUGUCUGCUGCAGACUUUGAGAAGGUCGAUCUGACUCGGUUCAAGUGGAUCCACAUUGAGGGCCGGAACGCCUCGGAGCAGGUGAAGAUGCUGCAGCGGAUAGAGCAGCACAACGCCAGGCAGCCAUUGGCCCAGAGGAUCCGAGUGUCUGUGGAGGUGGAGAAGCCCCGCGAGGAGAUGUUCCAGCUGUUUGGCUAUGGAGACGUGGUGUUUGUCAGCAAGGAUGUGGCCAAGCACUUGGGGUUUCGGUCUGCUGUGGAGGCCCUGAAGGGCUUGUAUAGCCGCGUGAGGAAAGGGGCGACACUGGUCUGCGCCUGGGCUGAGCAGGGUGCUGACGCGCUGGGCCCCGAUGGCCGGCUGCUCCACUCGGAUGCCUUCCCACCAGCCCAGGUGGUGGAUACUCUGGGUGCAGGGGACACCUUCAAUGCCUCGGUCAUCUUCAGCCUGUCACAGGGGAAGAGCAUGCAGGAGGCUCUGAGCUUCGGCUGCCAGGUGGCUGGCAGGAAGUGUGGUUUGCAGGGCUUCGAUGGCAUCGUGUGAGGUGCAGCCCAGGGGGGCAUCCCUGGCUGCCUGGUGCCUCCAUCCCUACCCUGCUCCUUGGGCAGAAGUGGGCUGAACAAAUAAACCUCUUUCCCCUGUUG